AUGAUGAAAAAGUUCCUAGCUUCUGCCUUCGUUGCGAGCCUCUUUGUGUCGGGCAUUAGUGCAAUGCCAGUAAGUUGUGUCGACACUCUUAGGAGGCUACUCGGUAGCAUUAGUCCUAAGCUUGAAGAUCAUGGUUGGGCUGCUAUCCUUCAGUCAUGUUCUGAGAUCGAAUACGAGACUUCUAUCUUUGUGCACAAACAUGUUUUUGUGGUGUCAACACCAGCCGUGAAAGGCAACACUGAUUGCCCAACCAUAGCGAUGGAGCACAGUGAUCUUUUCGCUAAGCCGACUGACCCACAUUUUGGAAUUCGAAGUGUUAAUGCCCAUAUUUUCACGCUUCCAAUAAGUGAUCUCCCUCGUUUGUCCCUUGGAACUUUCCCACUUUCAGAGAUCGUAAAAGCAUUCAAAACUGUGCAAGCCGAAGUUGCGUCUGAUACGCACAGCAUGAAGAGCUAUGACAUCAUUGUGCAGAACUGUGGUGACUUCCCAGCUCGCAUGAUGUCCCUUCUGCGCGUCGAAUUCGAUCAAGAAAUGGUUCAAUACAUUGCCAAACGGCUUCAACAGACAUACCGUACCAUCGUACGGAACGUACGCACCAGUCCCCACGCAGCCAGCUUGGUGACUGACAACAGCACUCUUGACGAGCUUACCGAUCUGCAGCUGCUCGAGCUGGUCGUUGAGUCAAAAGUGAAACAUUUAUAUGAUUCGUCUACGACACCGCUUAGUGAUACCUACAAUGAUCCCUCUUACGGACAUCGCCAAAGAGUACUUUCAAGAGUAGAUCAUGGGCCGACUGCUGAUGAAAGACGCCUGGCUUCGAUUGAAUGUGGGCAAUGGUACUCUUCUGGUUGUCUAGCGGAAAGCGAUGUUCGCUACGAUCCUACCGCUUCCAAUGCUAUUGCCGACCAGAACCCUGCCUGGAAAAAGUUCGAAGGGUUCUACGAAGCAACAGCUACAGCAUAUGGUCCUGAUGGGCGAGUCAUUGAGCCAUCCUUUCUUGAGAAGGGUGCAACUACUCUGGCCCCCAAUCAUAUGCCAUAUUCUCAAGCCCCCUUCAAAAUGUUCAUCAACAUCACAUUGAGUGGCUCGAGACUAUACGAGCAAAUGAUUGCAGUCUUCACUGCCCCUACCGAAGCUUUCUGCAGCCAGCCUGUACCAGAGGGUAUGGAGAACGUUAUAUCGUCAGGCGAAUGCGGUUGGAGUGGAACCUCUGCUUUCUACGAGCGCUUUGGAACAAGUACCUUCGAAAAGGACGGAAGCGUUGCGAUGUUGCCCUUCGGGUCAACCAUGUCCGGUACCAAUCUUGAUCGCAAGUCGUAUGUCAGUCUUCCUGCUGGUGAUAGCAAUCACUUCUCGAGCUACUUGGAGGGCGGUGUACUUGUCCAGUAUGCUUCUGCGUGUCUUGACGCAGAAUGCGACCAGCUAUCCACUACUAUUGAUCAGUACAACACAUCUACCCUACAAAGCGAAGAGUACCAAUUUUUGGCGUCUACGCGCAUUUUCGCCACCCGACUCGCAUCAUCCAAGCAAUUUCUCGAUGCACUCGAAGCAGCAUACCUCGAGAACAAUGUACCUUCUGAUCAAAGACCAUUUGAUGAAGACGGAUGUCUCUCUGGCUAUUGUCCUGAAGAAAGUGAUUGGUGUGAAUAUGAUCCUGAGUGUGCAAUCUCUCCGUAUCUAGAACCAGAAGCAUUUGUCGUUGCUGGACCAGUCAUUGGUUUCGUUGUGACUAUCACAUUGAUCAUAUUCCUGGCUUUGUUUGCUCUGCACAGGCGUCAAAUGAAGCAAAAGGAGGCCUUUGUGCGCGCUAUGCUUGCAAGUCGUAUUGCUGAGGGCAUCACCGUCAGUCGUGGCUCUCGCGCUCUCUCACCCGAUCAACUGGUCGCCGAGUUUCACAAGAUUGACCAGGAUAACGGUGGAACCCUCGAGAAGGAAGAGCUUUGGGCGUUCUUGGAGUCUGGACAGGUUGGAAGUAUGACCCGAAAUGACUUUGAUUUGUUGUUCUCCGUGAUUGAUGUUGACAGGAGCGGAAAUGUCGAUUUUAACGAGUUUGUAGCCUUCUACGGCAGUGCUAUGAAAAAAAACGGCUCCAAGGAAGGCAUAUGGUCGGAUUCAUGA